AUUCUUGUGGGUGGGAAGACAUCAGUUGUGCAAGAGAAGUGUGAUGAGCUACAACGAUGGGAGGAUUUGCUGCUUUCUUUCUUCUGAGUAUUUUCUCUGUGGCUGAAACCUUCAAGGGUCCUAAACAGAUCACUUUGACUGAAGCUGCAUCUGGUGAUAUGGUGACUCUGACGUGUGAUGUCUCUGGGCACGAAAAAGGACUGUUCAACUGGUAUAAACUCAGUUAUAGAUAUAUGGAACAAAUAUUGGCUCAUAGUACUCUUGGUAGUGUAGAAAAACAGGACUUAUUCCAAGGAUCUUAUCUUAUCAAAAAAGAGCAUGAUGUGUAUUCUCUCACCAUAAAAAACAUCAGCAUUGAGGAUGAAGCAACGUACUUCUGUCAAACAGGACCAGCGUACAAACUGACAUUUGUAAAUGCCACUCAUUUGGUUGUGAUCGGUUCUCAAACCAUGAAAUCCAUUUCUGUGAACCAGACUCUGCAGUGUUCGCUUUACUCAGAGAGAGAAGAAAAGUCAGACCGGUGUGGAGAUGAGCACAGCGUGUUGUGGUUCAAAGCUGGACCAAAAUCUGAUUCAGGAUUUAUUUACACCAAUAAAAUCAGCUGUGCAGGAAGGAGCUGCAUCUACCGUCUGUCCAAACCCAUCCAGAACUCUCUGGAUACUGGGACCUAUUACUGUGCUGUGGUCGCAUGUGGACAGAUCCUGUUUGGAGAAGGAAUCCAAGUGAAGACAAGACCAGGAGUGUGCCCGUUUGUCAUUGUGCUCGGACUAAUGCUGGGCUGUUCUAUUCUUCUGAAUUUCAUUUUUAUUCUCCUGAGAAAAUCAAAGCAGAUUCCUGAUAAAGGUAACAUUGUCAUGAAGCAGUUUGUUCAAAUACUCAAGACUCUUUAUCAAUAUUAAAUUGAUUGGUGGGGCCAGUGUUUGGCAACUUGGCUUCUAUCAGUGUGCCCGAGGACAGGUGUGGCUAUAAUGCAGCUCAUCACCACCAGUGUGUGAAUGUGUGUGUGGAUGGGUGAAUGACUGGUGUGUUGUAAUUUUUCAUUGUUCAGCCUAAAUUAGUUUUCAACAUGUUUUCAUAAAUUUUGUGUGACACUGAGCAAAAACAUUAGUAUAAGAAAAUAAGAUUGUAAAUUGCUAAUUCUAGUUGCUGUUUGCUCAGUCUGUCUCACAUUUAAGCCCCUUAUUCUCUACACAAAGUACGAUAAAAAAUAGAAGUGACAUUAAAGCAUCAAUAUGUAAAAGCAUCAUUUAAAAAAGCACUUCUAAGGGUACUCGUUGAAAUUUGUUUAGUUAUUUUCUUAGGCUUAACAAAAUGCUGUCAAGUUGGGAGUGGAGUGGAGAAGAAGGACCAAGUGUGGAGGAGAGUUCAGGAGGCAGGAGAGCAGGCACGGAUAAAGUAAAAAAGGGUUUAAUGACAGGAUACGGCAGGAACGAGAACAAAACAACAAACAACAAUGAUCUGACAAAGACUAGCACAAGGAGGGAGGUAUAAAUACACAGGGAAAUCAGGAACAAAUGGGCAGGUUAGCGAGGGGCAGGUGAGAACAAUAAGGGCUAAUCAGGGCAGGAGAGAGACACAGUCAGGAAGACAGGGGCAGAACGUGACAAAUGCUUUCAACUCGGUUGACCACAAAAUUCAGAUUUCUCGCUUGGAACACAAAGUGUGGUUUUGGAAUGGUUUAGGUCACAUUUAAUGGACAGAACCUUUUUGGUACAUUUAUUAUGAAUGCUCAUGUGUACCUCUGUCUUACGGGUUCUGCAGUGCUCCAUUUUUGGGCCACUCCUGUUUUCAUUGUAUUUGCUCCCUCUUGGUAAAACUUUCUUGACAUGCUUUCACCUUCCAUUAUUAUUCAGGUGAUUGUCAGGUCUAUGUUCCCCUGAAAAAGAAAGAGGUUCUCUCAGAGAGCUGUUUACUGUCGUGUUUGUGGGAUGUUAAAACGUGCAUGUCCUUAAAUCACCUUUGUUUUAAUGAUUCAGAGCUGACGGUAUUUUGACCUAGUUCUGCUGACACCCCUCUUGUAGAUUUGGGUGAAUUGAAUCAAUACCGCAAGAAGGGAAUUGUAAACCUAGGUUUCAAAAUGGAUCUUGAAUUAAAUCUUGACAGCCAGAUCCGGUUAGUGGUUCGAUCAAGUUUUUUUGAGCCAAGACCUCAGGCUAAAAUAAAGCAGUUUGAAAUGGUAAUCCAUGCUUUUGUGACUACUAGACCACUGCUGUGUCCUGUAUUUUGGAAAAAUUAACUCGUUCCUUGAUUGACUGCAGCUCGCUGCAUGUCUUUUGACAGGCACUCAUGAACGACAUUACCCCUAUCUUGAGGUCAUUACACUGGCUACCUGUGCAAUAUCAUAUCCAUAUUUAGCUGAGCUAUCGAUUUGAGGGUUCUUUUAAUUGUUAAGUGUCUCAGUGGUCUUGGUACUUCUUAUCUCUCAGAACUGCUUUUACCACAUGAACCCUCACGGCCUCUGCGCUCCUCUGUCAGGCAUCUCCUGGUCAUCCCUAAAGUCAGGACACACACACGGCAAUGCGUCCUUCCAGUAUUACGGCCCUCGCCUUUGAAACGAGCUGCCGGAGAACCUCAGGGGCGCAGAGAAUGUUCAUGUUUUUAAGUCAAGGCUCAAGACCCACCUAUUUAGGUUAGCUUUUAACUAAUUAUCU